AUGUCGACGCCUGCGCUGCUGGUCGCGCUUGAGGCCAAGUCGCCCAUGCAGGGUGGCCUCGACGAGCAGGCCGUGGUCGCCACCAUCGCCAAAGAGCUCAAGGCCCGAGCAUGGCGCUCGGGCCUCGAACCUGACGCGCUCGAGACCAUCGCUUCGUUCUACGUAGACAACAUCGACGCCAUCAAAGACGUCACCGCCCGCCACAUCAUCCAUGCGCUACUCCCGGCGUCGGUCGUCCCGCAGUCGGUCGCUGUCAUGCUCCUUGGCAUCGCCCAGCCGCGCUCGCCGGGCAUCCGCUCCAUCAUCUUCAUGUGGAUGGUCCUCGUCUUUGACUCGUUUGACGGCUACGACGUCAUGCACUCGCUAUACGGCGCCCUCUUCCACUUUGUGGCGUACGACUCGCUCCGUCCCUGGGUCUGCCACCUCCUUUCGCUCCUCACCCGGCGCGAGGACGUCGUCCCCUUCCGGGUCCGCAAGCUCUUCUCCAUCUACAAGCGCCAGGUAGUCGCCAAGGAGCCGGCUCUUAUUGCUCUCCUCAUGGUCUACAAGGACUACACACCUGAACUGGUCCCCAUCGCCCGUCCCUACGGCUUCAAGCCGUCGUUCAAGGCUCCGCACGGCCCGUGGCUCCGUGCCAUGCGCGCCGUCCAGGACGCCCGCCCUGCAGCCGAGCUGGCCGCUCAAGCAUAUGCCGCCCAGGCUGCGCUCCCGCAUGGGACAAGGACCCAGACCAAGCGCGCUCUCGACUCGUGGGCUCGCCCGGACCCGAUGCGCCCGCGCGGCCGCCGUGGCCGCAAGAAGCGUAAGCUCCUCUCCGCCGAAUCGGCCCUCGCCCUCGACCAGGUCUCCUCCAUCGAUGACCUCGUCUCCCAGCUUGACACCAUCAAGCUUCCCAAGCAGCUCGCUACUGUCUUCUCCGAGCGCUCGCUGCAGCAUCUGGUGAGCCUCGACCCGACGCCGGGCGCGCUCGCCCGCAUCUCGCACUGGCUCGCUGCGCGCCUUGAGGCCGAGCUUGGAUGGGGCGCCUCGCCGCUGCGGCCGAUGGCGCUCCAGCUGCUGGAGGCCGUCCGCGACUUUGCCCGCUUCUUCAAGGAGCUACCGCCCGUGCUCGAGGUCUGGCUCGGCUCGUUCCUCCCCGACUGGAACGGUGUUCACGCCGCCGACGUCGUCCUCGAUCUUGUAACCUACCUCCGCCCGCUCCCAUGGGACGCGCUCUACACCGGCUUCCUCAUCCCGCUCUCGCAGCUCUUUGUCGCAUCGGGCGUCGCCUUUCAGGUCGCUGUCCUCAACGCCCUCAAGACAAUGCUCUUCCGCUGGUUCGCCACAGACUGGGACUCCCACGCCGCCGCUGUUGCCACAGCCAUCGCCGCCGCUGACGCUUCCGGCUCUGACCCGCCGCCCACCGUCCCCGUCCCGGGCUUUAUCUUUGAGGGUCUUGACAUCGGCGCCAACUACUGGCUCUCCAUGUACCAACUUCUCGCCUGGGUCGACAAAUCUGCCGCACGCGCCCUCGCCCUCGCAAACUCGCACUCGGCGCUCGAGGACGCCGUCCUCGCCUUUUUCGAGCAGUACGCCACCGCCCUCACAGACCUCCGCCUCCCCUUCCUCUGGGUUCCCUCGCCGGGCAUCGUCUACCCGUGCCUCCUCUCGCCGGCUGCGCUCUCCACCUCGCGUAUCGCAGGAGUCCUUGCCAUCAUCAAGGCUGAGUACCCGCGCCUCGCCCGCGACCGCGCAGCCAACGCCGCACGCAUCGACUUUGACCCGUCGGUCGCCGAGCGCGCCCUGCUCAUCAAUGCCUACAUCGUCGACGCUACCAACGUCUUCUACCGCGGCAACGCCUUUUUGCAGCCGCAACAGACCCAGCUGUUCGACGUCCCGGACGAGCUCAUCGACGCUCUCGCCACUCACGACGCCUCGCGCUUUGCCCUCUCCAUGGCCUCCAACCUCUCUUGCACAGGCUUCGCCGCAGACUAUCUCGCCCUCGCCGCCUCGGACUCUGCCCGCCCAGGAUUUGACGUCCCUGACCUCGCAUCCAUCGAGAACACCAAUGACGGCAACCGCCGGGCCGAGUACCUGGACUACCUCCGCGAACGCGGCCUCGACGGCCUUCACGCCUUCCUCUACUCGGCUAUCACCACCCUUCGCAAGUCUGGCUCGACCGCCUCUGCUCGCGCCGAGUAA